CCGUUGACACAGAGUCCGCACUUUAAUGAAGUCUCUCCAAAUUCUGGGAACUCAGUAUUUCUUAAGCACACUUAUAUUGCAGUUCUUGUGGAACGUUAGAAUAGAACGUUACAAUGGAACGUUAGAAUAGAACGUUACAAUGGAACGUUAUAAGUUCGGAUAACCGUUAAGAGCUCGUUAGCUAGUUAGCUUAACGUUAACGGUUCCAAGCUCUAGUUCAUGAAGGACCAAAAAAUGAAUAACGGAGUGAUUUAGCGGACAUAAAGUUACACAAACACCAACCGAACCCGUACAAGCUUUCUAACGCUUAUUUCUCAAAAACGAACAUGCCAUUCUUUCGUUAUCUUGAGGACAGCCGGGUAAUUUCUUUUUUUCUGGUUAUCGGAUCCCGGGGGCGUGUCGUGACCCCGCGGUGGGUGAUGCAGAUCGCCGAGGAAAGUAAACACACCAUUCCGCCAAGAUGGCUCCGCUCUCCCUGUUCCGAGUGGCACUCCUGGUGUCAUUUUCAGUGUUUCUGACGGUUGUGUUGGGUUUGGGGCUGCCUGCCCUGCUGAACGCAGCGAUGAGGAUGGUGGGACUACCGGAGACCAGUGUCACCGAGUGUAUAGUUGUGCUGUAUUUACUUUUUGUGCUGUAUAUUGCGACACCUCGAAUUCCUAGAGGACUGGUGGAGGUGAAGGGGAAAGCUGUGUUUGUUACAGGUUGUGACACAGGAUUUGGUCAUGCACUUGCCAAGCAUCUGCACAAGCUUGGAUUCACUGUGUUUGCUGGAUGUCUUCUGAAGGAUAAAGGUGGAGAGGGUGCAAAGGAACUGGAGGAAUUUCAUUCAGAUCGCAUGAAGGUAGUCCAGCUGGAUGUGUGCUGUGAACAGCAGGUGAACCAGGCUGUGGAGUAUAUCAAAGACAACCUAGCUGACUCAGAGAGAGGUCUGUGGGCUGUUGUGAACAACGCUGGUUUGUCAACGUUUGGAGAAGUAGAGUUUACUACCAUGGACACCUACAAGCAGGUGUCAGAGGUCAACCUGUGGGGCACUAUCAGGGUCACCAAAGCUGUUCUGCCAUUGAUCCGCAGGGCCAAAGGCCGCGUUGUGAACCUGGCCAGCAUGUACGGGAGGAUGGGAAAUAUGUUGCGGUCGCCUUACUGUGUAUCAAAAUACGGCGUGGAAGCUUUUUCUGAUUGCCUUCGCUAUGAGAUGAAGGCCUGGGGAGUAAAAGUGUCCAUAAUUGAACCGGGGAACUUCAUCGUGGCCACCGGCAUUCUGACCCGUGACAUUGUGGCCAGCACGGCCAAUAAGCUGUGGAACGAGGCCCCCUCGCAUGUGAAGGAGGAUUACGGGAAGGCCCACUUUGAGCAACAAAUGGCUCUGAUGCGCUCUUAUUGCAACAGCGGGCAGAAGGAGGUGGCCCCUGUUCUGGAUGACAUCACUGACGCCAUCAUGUCCAAGCGUCCUUACACGCGAUACAACCCCAUGGAGCCGCACUGGUGGAUCAGAGUGCAGCUGAUGACCCAUCUGCCCGGCGUCAUAUCCGACUUCCUCUAUUUCUAGAAGAGAAGGUGUUCCUGUUUUAGCUCCCUUCGUUUCGACCCCCCCUCCCUUAGAUCACAGAUAGCAGCAUAUUCUUCAACUAUGUAGCACUACGCAGAUCUACAAACUUACCCUGAGGAGGGGUCUCUGCUAUGUAUUCCUCAGCACUUGCAAUCAUUCACUGAUCAAGCCUUAAAAUGUAACGUUUUUGUUUUUUUAAACUGUGAGUACUUUGCUUUUUGUAUGUCUGACAAAAAAACCUUCCGUGAUAAGUAGUAACUACUUUGUGUUGGAUAUCAGCAGAGCUAUGACAUACUCGUAGCUAUAAAUACUGCAUCGAUAUAUCUCUUUAAAAAAAACAACAACAAAAAAAGAUUGUUUGUCCUCUUAUAUCUUUUUUUUUUGCUGGUACUUGUAAUGUUUUGCCUUAUGAGAAUCUUCUGGAGCCCCCACUGGUAUGAGGACCAAAGUUGGUACAGCUCAAGAGAAGGCUCCUGCUGUUCUGCUGUGGCUGAUGCCGGAACAAACCAAGGUCAGCUACUGUAAGACCGUGGUGAGAUUUGGCUCGACUCGUCCCGGAGUUACGUAACGACUAACACAAGCCCACUUUGUCUCACUUGCGCCAUGAGAUCCUGCAUGCUACUUCGACAGUGAGGUUGAUUGAUGUGAUUAAUGGGUAUGCUUGAACAAACCCCCCCCCCCAUCCUCUCUUUGGUGGAAAAGUAUUUUGUAUAUAGAAUCAUGUCAAUGAAUAGAGCAUUUAUUUUGAAAAUAUUACAAUCACAGUAUCAUUUUUCAAAGAACGAUUUCAAAUAAAGUGACCAAAAUGUGA